AUGGCACAAAGGAAACGAAUCUCCACAAGUCAGGUCUCUGAGCACCGGACGGCGCAGGAUUGCUGGAUUGUGGUGGACAAGCAAGUAUGGGAUGUCACCAGCUUCCUCGAUGAACACCCCGGCGGGCCCAGCAUUAUUCUCAAGUAUGGCGGCCGUGACGCCACUGCAGCUUACUCCGAAGUACAUGCCCCAAGUGUCCUGGGGUCGAAUCUGGCACCGAGCAUGCUAAAGGGCCAACUCGAUGAGUCUACGAUUGAUGAAGAAUGGCUCAAGCCCCCACCAAGCAAGAACCCACAAGUCGUGAUGGAUCAUGAGAAACCACCUUUAGAGACUCUGAUCAAUUCUCAUGACUUUGAAGUGGUCGCUUCGAAGACGGCGAGCGCCAAAACCUGGGCCUUUUAUUCUAGUGCAGCGACGGAUUUGAUCACCAGAGAUGCUAACAAGUCAUGCUUUGACCGGAUAUGGUUUCGGCCUCGGGUACUGAGGAACGUUCGGUCUGUGGACACACGCACAACGGUGUUGGGCAAUCAUUGCAGGCUCCCACUGUUUGUGAGCCCGGCAGCCAUGGCGAAGCUGAUUCACCCCGAUGGGGAGUGCGCCAUUGCACGGGCAUGCGAGAGUAGAGGGGUCCUCCAGGGGAUCUCCAACAACUCCUCGUACACGUCGGAGGAAUUGCGUUCGGCAGCGCCCACGGCCAGCUUUUUCUUCCAGCUGUAUGUGAACCGUGACCGAGCCAAGUCCGCCGCGCUACUUCGUCAGUGCUCGGAGAAUCCGAACAUCAAGGCCAUCUUUGUGACGGUAGACGCGGCCUGGCCUGGGAAACGAGAGGCCGACGAACGGGUCAAAGCCGACGAGAGCUUAUCGGUGCCCAUGUCGCCGUCCAAGGCACAGAAUGACAAGAAGGGCGGCGGUCUCGGGCGGGUCAUGGCCGGAUUCAUCGAUCCCGGCCUGACGUGGGAGGAUCUCCGAUGGGUUCGCCAGCACACGCAUAAGCCCGUAUGUCUCAAAGGAGUGAUGUCGGCAGAUGAUGCGAUGCUUGCUCUCAAGGCGGGCCUGGAUGGAAUUCUCUUGAGUAAUCACGGUGGGCGUAACUUGGAUACGAGUCCACCGUCAAUUAUUACCUUGCUGGAGAUUCAGAAGCGGUGCCCAGAAGUAUUGGAACAUCUGGAGGUCUAUAUCGACAGUGGCAUUCGACGUGGUACAGAUAUCCUCAAAGCCAUCUGUUUGGGGGCCACGGCCGUAGGCAUGGGUCGAAGCAUGUUAUUCGCGACGAAUUAUGGACAGGAGGGCGUGGAGCAUCUCAUCGACAUCAUGCAAGAUGAGUUGGAAACGGCGAUGCGCAACGUCGGUAUUACUUCUUUGGAGGAAGCCCAUCCGGGCCUAGUUCACACGGGUGAUGUGGACCAUCUGGUGCCGGCAUCUCGAGCUCAUCCCUAUGCUCACGCCAUUGCCAAAGGUCGACGGGUGAGCUCACGCCUAUAG